AUGGUUGUCGUGGGAAAACAGCGCGAGGAGAAUGUGGCCGAGCCAGUCCUGGCUAACUUGCUGGCCGAUGACCAUACGCCUUGGUACAAGAAGCCGAAUCUGAGGGCACUCUAUUUCAUCUUGUUCCCCGCGUGUAUGGGUAUCGAGAUCACGUCUGGAUUCGACUCGCAGAUUAUCAACACGGUCCAGAUUGUGUAUACAUGGAACAAGUAUUUCGGUAAACCAACUGGGAAGACCGUGAAUGGACUCCCCCAGUACGCGAUUGAAGCGAACCUGAAGGGCUUCCUAGGUGCUGCAUACUCCCUCGGAGCUAUUCUCUCCCUCCCUUUUGUCCCAUGGGUCAACCAGAAAUUCGGACGCCGAUGGACUAUUAUGUUCGGUUCCUGCGUGAGCUUGGUUGGGGCCCUUAUCCAGGGCUUCGCUAAUGGAGUGGCUAUGUACAUUGUCGCGCGUAUCAUUCUUGGUUUCGGAAUCCCGUUCUGUAUCGUCGCUGGAUCGUCAUUGCUGGGAGAAUUGGGUCACCCCAAGGAACGACCGAUUCUCACCUCGCUCUUCAACUCCUCGUACUUUAUCGGCCAGAUUAUUGCAGCAUCUGUGGGUCUAGGGACGGUGACCAUUACGUCCAACUGGGCCUGGCGAAUCCCAUCCCUGCUUCAGAUUGCGCCCGCCUUGAUCCAGAUCUCGACUGUGCUGUUCCUCCCCGAAAGCCCCCGAUACCUGAUCAGUAAAGACCGCUACGAUGAAGCCUUCGACAUUCUCACCAAGUACCACGCGGAGGGCGACCGCACCUCAGUCAUCGUCAAGGCCGAGAUCGCACAGAUCGAACGCACUAUCAAGAUGGAGCUCGAGGAAUCAAAACAAUCCUGGUGGGACAUGUUCCGCACGGCCGGUAUGCGCCGUCGUCUGUUCAUCUCCGCUUUCCUUGGCCUAUUCACGCAAUGGUCCGGCAACACUCUCAUUUCGUACUAUCUGAGCGAUCUCCUGAACCUGGUCGGAAUCACCAACAGCGUGGUCAAGUCCAAGAUCAACAUCGGCAUCGCCUGCUGGGGUCUCGUCUCUGGUACCGCGCUAGCGCUGACAGCGCCGCGCUUCAAGCGCCGCCCGAUGUAUCUCACCUGCGCAUGCUGCCUGCUAUGCGUCUAUGUCGCAUGGACUAUCUCCAUGGAGCGCUUCAUUAGCACAAAGGCUAAGUCCGCAGCUGGUCUGACAAUUUUCUUCAUCUUCGCCUACUCGCCCGCCUACAACCUCGGCUAUAACGCCCUUACCUAUACGUAUCUGAUCGAGCUGUUCCCUUACAUGGGUCGCUCCCGCGGUCUCUCCUGGUUCCAGUUCUACGGCCGCGGCGCAAGCUUCUUCGCCACCUACGUGAACCCCAUUGGUCUGGCACGCAUCACCUGGAAGUGGCUCCUGGUGUACUGCUGCUGGCUUGUCUUUGAGGUGGUGUUUAUCUACUUCUUCUUCCCCGAAACUCAGGGCCGCACUCUUGAGGAACUGUCAUUCCUGUUCGAGGACAAGGACAAGGCUAAGGAGGUCGCUGCGGCUGUUCACAAAAAGCUCGAGGACGAUGACGACAAGAAGCAGGAUACCGCCCACCUGGAAAUUCAGGAGACUAAGAGUGCUGCUUGA